GCCUCCAAAAGCGGAGCGCGCGCGUGAGCCUCGUACGAGUGGAUUCGUAGCGUUUUGCGGACACGAUGGCUCAAUAUGGUACGUCACCUCCAUCAUACCUCGAGACGAGCCGUUGCCGUGAGCCACAGCCGGCAAACACACUGCCGGAUGAGACCCACAGAAGGAGUCGCGCGACGGCUCGACGCCGGCGCCGCGCCGCCCAAGCCGCACACACGCGCCGCGCGCGCCCCGCCACCCACCCCAGACGCCGCCGCGGCGCCCCACCCCCGACGCGGCCGCGCCGCCCGCGCAACGCCCAACCUCCGUAGGCAAGACGUCCUACUGGGACGAGCGCUACACGAAGGACCCCGAGCCGUUUGAUUGGUACCAGCGCUAUUCCGGCAUCCAGGAAUUACUGCAAAAGUACGUGAAGAAGGACGACGCCGUGCUCAUGGCCGGCUGCGGCAACUCGCGACUGUCCGAGGACAUGUUCGAGGACGGCUUCGCGAACAUCUCCAACGUCGACAUUUCAAGAGUGGUCAUCGACCAGAUGGGCGACAAGUACAAGGACAAGCCUGCUUUGACCUUCCAGCAGAUGAACGUGUGUAGUCUCGAAUUUCCCGACGAAUCGUUUGACGCGGUCAUCGUCAAGGGCACGAUGGACGCCAUUUUAUGUGGGGAAGGCUCGACGGCGAACGUCGCGAAGAUGUGCAUGGAGGUGUCGCGGGUGCUGAAGCCGUCCGGGAUCUUGUUCGUGGUCAGCUACGGCGUGCCGGAUAAUAGAAUGCAGUACCUCGAGAACGAGGACUACUCCUGGACGGUCACGACGCACACCGUGCCCAAGCCCACGGUCUCCGCGACGGCCGUGCCCGACACGAAAGACGCGAACAGCGUGCACUACAUCUACGUCUGCGCCAAGGGCGGCAACGCCGAGGAGGGCUAGAGUUGCGCUUCCUGAGUAACUUUUGCGCGAGGGACUUUUUACCGUUCAUUCUUAC